GACACAUCAAUGCAAAACAGAAACAGAGAAAGAAAACGAGAACCAGAAAUAGAGUACCGAUCAGAGAGCUAGCGAGAGAGAUGGAAGCCUACAGUAGGACUACUCUUACAAUCCUACUUCUUAUGAAUCUUCUUUUCCUGAUCUCAAACAUCCCUACAACCUUAGCAGCAACGUCGUCUGCAUCCAACUCCGUUUCCACCAUAUCCUACAAGACAUACAUCCAAACAGCCUGCAAUUCAACCACAUACCCGCGAGUCUGCUACAGUUCCCUCUCCCCCUAUGCUUCCAAUAUCAGAGGGCACCCCCAGAAACUCUGCAAAACCGCACUCUCAGUGGCCGCAAAAGCCGCCCGCAACGCUUCAUCGACGAUAUCAAAUCUGUCUAAACUGAAGGGUUUGACGCGCAGUGAAGCUGCGGUCAUUAAGGACUGCAUCGAGAACGUUAAGAGCAGCGUCGACGAGCUCAAACAAUCUUUGAACGAGAUGGGUCAUCUUGGAGCUUGCGGCUCUGAUUGCCAACUUCAGAUAUCGAACAUAAAGACUUGGGUCAGUGCUGCGAUAACGGAUGAAUCUACGUGCACUGACGGGUUGGAAGAACAAAAAGUGAGCGCGACGGUGCAGGACAAGAUUAGUAGGAGUAUUCUCAAUGUUGCUAGGCCAACUAGCAAUGCUUUGUCCCUCUUUAACAGUCACUACCCCUACUAAUUGUUAGACUGCAUGCCUGCCUUGUCUUUUAUUAAUUACCAGUCUCUACCACACAAAAAAAAUAAAAUAAAAUGUGCUUCUCAAUUAAUUUUCGUGUCAUACUAGAGUAAAAAGUACUGGUUCCAUGCAAUUGGCUUCUGAUUCAUCAUGUUAUAUGCACGGAUGGGAUGUUCUGUUGGAUUAA